UUUAUCAGGAUACAAACACAGACAAACACAUUUGAGAGAAGAGACAAGAUUACAAACUAAGGAUUUUAUCAUCACUGUCUGUCAGAGGAGUCAUGACCAAGGAGAUUGAGGCUCUCAUGGUACAACAGAACGAGAGUUUCAACUACUUACGCUAUCCAGACAACUACAUUAUGGACUCUUGGCCUAGCAUGGACAGCGGUGACCUCAGCAAGACUAAACCCAGACUGUCUUCAGAUGAAGAACUUGCAACUCUAAGCCUCCUCUAUGAAGCCUGCAAGACCCCUAAAGAGCAGAAGAUGACAUCAUGUGCGCGUGAGAGCAGUAUGUACAUGGAAAGGACAGUGAAUAGCUCUUCCCCUGAGCUGGCCACGCUGGAGAACGCUCACAUCAUGAAGCUGCUUUCUGAAAGCAUUUCCUCCAGUCACUCAAAGCAAGCAUUACUGAGCACUGACAGCUACACCGGGGACAACUUGUACCCCCUCUUGCACCCAACACAGAAAUCAUGGCCAUCUGACCAACCCUUCCUGGAGACGACCCCUGAGCCUCUAGCCUACAGCACGUUUGUGGGACAAACAAGCCCAGUAUACUCCGAGUCCUACUCCAACUCUCCUCCAGAUAGAUACAGGAAUGACUUCCAGUUUGUUCUUGGUGCCCCACAAGCUUCUCAGCACAAGACAACAGAAAUACCCACGGUGUACCUCAACAAGGGGCAGUUUUACCCUAUCACACUGCAGGGAGUGGACAGCACUGCUGGGGUGCCAUGCAGCAAAGUAAAAACGGUGAUCAUGGCUGUGUUUGAGAAUGACAAGAGUCCUGAGAUGCAGCUGAAGUACUGGAACCACUGGCACGCUCGACAGCCUACCGUUAAACAGAGAGUCAUUGAUAUCGCUGACUACAAGGAAGUUUUCAGUGGAGUGAGUAACGUGGAAGAGGUGGCUUUCAACGCACUCUCCUUUAUCUGGAACACCAAUGAAGAAGCAAAGGUGCAUAUUGGCAUCAAUUCUCUGAGCACUGACUUCUCCUCGCAGAAGGGGGUCAAAGGUCUUCCUCUGAAUCUUCAGAUCGACACGUAUGAUUUCAGCUCAGGGAACAACCGCCUCAUUCACAGAGCUGUUUGUCAGAUUAAGAUCUUCUGCGAUAAGGGAGCAGAGAGGAAGAUGAGAGACGAGGAGAGGAAGAGAAGCAAGAGGAGGACCAAGAUUGACUCCAGCAACAAUAGUUGUAAACGGGCCCUAGUUUCCAGCUCUGUCGGAAAGGACUCUACCUACUUUAAAACUCUAGACGAUCACGUCACACAACCUGUUUUAUUCAUCCCAGAGAUGCACUUCAGCACCAUGCAGCGCUGUGGCCUGGUGCCCCCUGUUAGCCUGGAGGAAAGCGACAGGACAUCGCUGAAACGUAUCAACUGCUACGCAGACAGCGGCGACCAGAGCAGCUCCCCGCCGAGCAAACAAGCCCGCCGAGACGAGCAACAGAGAGUUCUCCUGUAUGUCAGGCGAGAGACUGAGGAAGUAUUCGAUGCCCUCAUGUUGAACACGCCAACCCUUAAGGGCCUGAGAGAAGCAAUUUCAGAAAAGUACGGUAUGCAAGAAGACACCAUUGGGAAAAUCUUCAAGAAGUGCAAAAGAGGGAUCUUUGUGAACAUGGAUGACAACAUCAUCGAGCAUUACAGCAACCACUCUGCCUUCCUCAUCGAGAUCACUGAAGUCAUGAUCAACCACUUCCAGAUCACACUUAUGGAGUUAUAAAUGACAUAAUCAACUAGUGACACCACACCCGGUGCUGCUGCUGCUGGCAGCUUCUUUCUGCUCUUUCGAUCCAAAAGCAUGACAAUGAGCCAGAUUCUGCAGUCGCUAUGGAAACAGCUCACCUGCCAGUUUCAACAUUUUCAGUUUUAACAAGACAUAUCAAUACUAAACAGUGUAAAUACCAUUUUCCACUUUUGUACCUUUUUUAUUAUUUUAUCUACAAUAAUUUUAUAACAUGAGCAAUUAUGAUCAACAAGGUACAUGUUCUGUAAAUAUCAAUUGUAAAUAGACAUAAUUAUCAUAAUGUUGCGUGUUGACGUGAUUUUAAAAGAGUUAUAUGUUGUUAUUUCAAUGAUAAACUUGCCUUUUUAGAUGCUGCCUCUUUGCUGCUUAUAGUAGGCCCAUCAUUUCUAGGACAGGAUGUGAGGCGUUUGUAUUGCUUUAUGCUCUGAUGGUGGUUCGCAUGCUUAUUAAUCUUGCCGCGUGUUACUACAGCAUACUUCUAGUCAGGGUGCUGUAACUAUCAGCCUUUUAGUUUCACAUCUGGAACACUCCACAAACACACACAAGUGUUUUAGACCUUUAAGUCGCACAUUUCCACCCUUAAAGAGCCGCGUAUUUGUCAGUGUUUCGAUCACAUUUUGAAAACUGGCUCCACACAUUUCGAAUCUGUGUGGCUGUAACUGUUGUCAGGACAACCGGCCUUUUUGUCCUCUGACAUUUAGACACGAAAGUUCAGACGAACCACUGCAAUGUCGAACUUGCCCAAAUAUCAGAUUAAAUAACGGUGACUUUUCAUUUUGUGGAUUUUGCAUCACAAAAUUUGUACAUUUCAAAUUCUUUGUAUUGCUUUCGAACAAUACUGAUAUACUAAAGCUGUGUUUUCCUUUUUUACUGCCUCUGCUUUUAUAUGGAAAAUAAAAUCCAAAAUCAAUAA